GGAAUAGCAAAGGGAAUUCUAAAUGCUCCCGAAUAUAAGGCCAAAACCAGGGAGCAUUGGGAUGAAAUCAAGGUUGUGCUUAAUAGUCUUGGACCCCCAGUAAAAACGUCGGAUGGUUGGAAGAAGGUAUGGAAAGAUUUUAAGUAUCACAUAAAGGAUAAAUUGCGAGAAAACAAAAAAUCUAUGCAUGGGACAAGAGGUGGACCGAGCAAACAGCAUGUGUUCUCGGUCUUAGAAGAAGACAUUAUUGCUUUGCUGGACUUAAACACCCAGGUGUGUGGUCUCAAAGUAAGGAAAUUUGGAACAGCAGAUGCUUUUCCAACCAGAGAACCAUUAAAAGAAAAAAUCGUACAAAUACGUGAAAAUCUUUCACCAGAAACCCGUAAACUAUUUGAGGAAUCUGAAAUUUUACUGUCAGAAGAAAUAAAUGAACAACCGGAAGAAGGUGAAUUUGACAUAGAAAUGGAAGAGCAUGCACAAAAGACACCAACUCGCAACACUAGAACUUCCGCUGCAACAUCAAACAAAUUGUUGGAGCUCCAAGUGAACCAACAAAAGAUGUACCAGGAAAAAUCGUUACAUCUCCUACAAGAGCAGAGAGAGUUAUUGGAAAGAAAAAAUAAAGAACUUAAACAAAAAACCUUAAUCUAAGAAAUUAAUUUAAUAUUUAGCGAA